AUGGACACUCAGAUUGAAAGCUUCGAGGAGCGAACAAAGCCUAUUAAAGGGCUGUUCAACUGGACCAUGGGCUACCGGCAGGAUUCGGACAUCGUACACAGCUUCGGCAGCGUUGCUCGCAAGAACCACACCGACGCUACACGUGACGCAGUACUGGUGAAACGAUUGAGGAGCAAGAGCCACUUGGUGGCCUGGUACCCGACAAGGUGCGGUGGUUCCGCUGCGGAGUACGUGGCGAGGUUGGCAAGUCACGUCUCCGUUGACGUGUACGGAAGAUGUGGAAACUUGCGCUGCCAAACGCUGUCGUUCUACGACCACGACGAAGACUGCUACGAGAUGCUGGCGGGGAAAUACUUCUUCGUCCUCGUCUUUGAGACAGACACGUGCGCGGACUUUCUGACAAGGGCCCUGCACCGCUUCCUACGCUACGACGUGGUUCCCGUGGUAAAGGGUGGCGCAAACUACAGCGCUGUCACGCCGCCUGGCUCGGUCGUGGACGUGAAGCAAUAUCCUGAGCCCUACGAAGUCGCAGCCUUGAUGAUGAAGUCGGCUGUUAACUUCACGCAGUACAGCGAGUACCUUAGCUGGAAAAGGGACCACGAUGUGAUCCUACACGACCACGACGACUUCUGUGGGCUCUGCGACAAGCUCUACAGCAAAGAAUAUGUCAAAAAAUCCUCACACGAGGACGUUAAUGCCUGGUGGCAUAGUGGUACUAAUUGCGUCAUGUAA